CUUUUCCUCUCUAUAUUUCAAGUUCCAAACUUCACACACACUAAAUUAACAUUAAUUUAUUUAAUUAUUAUUGUUUUAGUGAUUAACAAGCUAAGACGGCUGGUACGAGGUAUUGCUUACAUACGACGACAUGGAUACGGCUACUCGCGACUUCAUGAGCGUCGACUCCUUCUCUCAGCUUCCCUUUAUGCGUCCGCAGCCGCCGCUCAAGGAGAAGCCGAUUAGGCUUUUCGGGCGAGAAUUCGGCGGCGACGAUGAGAACGCGCCGGGAAUAAUAAUGAGCCGGAGAUUUGAGUGCCAGUACUGUUGCCGGAACUUCCCAACUUCUCAGGCCCUCGGCGGCCACCAGAACGCCCACAAGCGCGAACGCCAGCACGCCAAACGGGCCCACUUCCACGCCGCAAUGAUCAUCGGCGGCGGCUCAAAUUACCGGCUCCAUUCCGCGCCGGCGGCUACUCCUUUUUUUCCGACUGCGGCUAGGGUUUACGGGAGCCGAAUCGCCGGCGGCUACGGUGCGGCUAGUCCUUACUCUCAAACUCCGAUCGAUGGGAGUCCACUGCCGCUAUGGCGGCUCCCGACGGUUCAACAUAGUUCUUCUUCAUCUCAUAACCACCGUUUGAUUCAGCCGCCGCCGUUGUUAGCUAACGCGCCGCCGUCUGUGACGGUGAUGAGUAGCUCUAAUGCGCGUCAAAUCGGACGGUACGGGUUUGAGCCAAAACCAAGCGUGAAAGAUCACAACGUGAGUUUAGAUCUACGCUUGUAAUUAAUCUUUUUUGUAUGUUAAGAGACAACUUUAACUUUCUUCAUAUAAUCUUAAUUAUCUGUACACUUUGAAAGUGGUUAUUUUCUCAUAAGUCAAAGAGUUAUU